AUGCUUUCUACGCGCGAAGCGCGUACCGCCAAGAAGAAUGUUGCAGGACGCUCUAAGAAGGAUGAUCAAGAUGGCUCCUACUCUAGUUUGUCAGCAAAAAUUCAAGCGUGGCAAGAUUCUGCGGACAGUAGGCAAAAGCACCUCCAACAGGUCGUGAAUGGGAAAUCGUCGAUGGUACGAACCUGUAGCACCAAAACUGGUUCAGUACGCGGCGCUAGUUCCUCCACUCACAGAAAAAGUGACUCGACAACUAGUAGCGACAGUAAAAAUCACAGUUCUGGCUACUAUAACAGCGGUGACGAUGAAUCUGUGAGUGAAAUGGUGAAUGCACUCAACGAAACAGCUACCGACACGAGAAAAGAGUUUUUAACUGCACUGGUUGUAACAAGUAAAGGUCAGCUUGGAUCGAGCUCCCUAUCGAACUCUACAGAACUAAACGAAAUUAAGCAGUCUGUGGAACGUUUGCGAGCUCAGCGCACACACGUGGAGCGUCUAAGUCAACGAAAUGAAGACCUUGAACGCCAAUUAGUUGAGCAAAAGGCAGAGAACGAGACGAUGCAACGAGAAGUCUUCACUUUGCGCGGAGCUGAACAGGAAAAUGUAGCUUAUUUACAGAGUGUGAAGCUGCUGGAACAACGAGCGCAUGAACUUGAGGAAACAUGUACUGCAAAGAAGAUCGAGCUGAGAACUGUAACAAAGAAGUUAAACUGCGCUGAGCAAGAGCGGGAUGAACUUAGUCAGAAGAUCCAAGACAUUCGGCAUGACUAUGGCGAUGAAAUCAAAGCAUUGAGAGAUAAGAACAAGAAAUUAUUGCAGCUUGUCGAGCAGCUUAAACAGUCAAACGAAGCCCAGACAGACGAACAUAAACGAAUGGAGCAACACUGGAAGCAAAAGAUGAAAGCUGCAACUCGUGCAAACUCUGAAACUAUUGACUCUUUACAACAGGAACUCGAGGUAAGCUGCCAAAAGAGCAGCAAGCUGGAAGUGGAGGUGUACGAAUUGGAUAAGCAAGUACAGAAGUUACUUGCCACUACUGUCCGACAGACAACGAUAAUUGAGGAAUGCGAUCGCAUGCUAUUCGAAGCCGAAGCACAGCAGCAGCAAACCCGGACAAGUUAUGAAAUGCAGCUACAACUUUCCAGCGAAUUGAACACGAAAAAUGAGCGACUAGAACUGCAAGUAGCGUCAUUGAACCAGUCCAAAAAUUUGGAGACAAUCGAGUUGGAGAAGAAAGUGUCGCUACUUGAACGCGAAUUAGGCGAGUACAAAGAUCGCUCGAAGACUGCAGAGGAAGCACUACGGAAAAAGGAUAAAGAAAUCGAGGUCAUUCAGCGUGCAUGUGUCACACGAGACGAAAAUCGUCUCCACUUAGACGAGAUAAACAAAGAGCUUCAGCGAAACGAGAGAAAAACGAAGAGCGAGAUUUCGGAGCUGCAAAUUGCGUUACGGGACGCUACAGAUGAAAAGAAACUCAUUAGUGAGCAAGUUAUCGACUUGCAAGAACGAGCGGAAGGACAGAUCUCAGUGGGCCACAUCUAGACUCAAAUUGCUGGCCGAAUUCUGCGAUGAAGAGAGCAAGCUGAGCUCAGCACUUUAUCACCAUAACAAUCUCUCUUUUGAUGAUCGGAAACCUCAUAAACAUAAACGAAAGACGAAAACCAGGCGGACUACGAAGAGUAAUGUGUCGGAAACGCAGCGCUAUGAUAGAGACGACAGCGAAAUGGACGAGGG